ACGGUGUCCUUCGUUCCGCUCCUUAAUUAACGCGAACACCCGAACUGCUCCUUGUUUCGUACUAUUCAUCGGAGUCAGUGUGUUGACUUGCAGAACAAACGCUGGGCUCGGCAGCAUUCCCAUCUAGUCCUGGUCGCUAAAUCACAAAAUGAAGUUUGGUAGGAAGAUCACAACUAACCUUUACGAUGAAUGGAGGCCCUUCUACAUCGACUAUAAUUUGUUGAAGCGUGAACUCAAGGCUCGCACCACCUCCCACAACUGGGACGACAAAGAUGAACGUGAUUUCACCGCCAUGCUCAAAAAGGAGCUGGAUAAAGUUCAUGAUUUCCAGAAACAAAAGACUGCCGAGUUGUCUCGCCGUAUACGGGAUGCCGAAAAGGAUGUCCAAAAACUCGUCGCUCAAGAAUCUUCUCAGUCUGCUUCUGAGCCGUCCCCCACCCACUCCUCUGACCCAGAAUCUCAACAAGCACGACCUUCUGACUACGGACCCGAUGAGGGUUCCGAUGACGAUGACGAUGACAUGGACGAUAACCAAUCUGAUGCUUCACUCGAAGACCUCUUUCACGGCCUUCAAGAAGAAGUAGCCACCCUUGUUGCAGAUGUUCACGACUUGGCACUGUACACUAAGUUGAAUAUCACCGGUUUCCUCAAAAUCUUAAAGAAACACGAUAAAAUAACGAACCUUCCACUCAAACCUACGUUUAUUCAAGACUAUCUUGAGGAAAGACCUUUUUAUAAAUACAAUUGGGACGCCUUGAUCGUCAAAUUAUCUAAGCUCUAUGACCUGGUCCGCACCCGCGGUCACCCCGUACAGGGCGAUUCAAGCGCAGGCGGGAACCAAAGCGCCUUUGUGCGUCAAACCACCAAGUAUUGGGUGCAUCCAGAUAACCUGGUACCGUUGAAGUUGGCCGUUUUGCGGCAUCUUCCUGUUCUUGUGUUCAAUGCCGACAAGGAAUUCGAGCAGAAGGACGCUGCCAUUACUUCAAUCUAUUUUGACAAUGAAGAUCUUGAACUGUACCUCGGUCGACUUGAGAAGACAGAGGGUGCCGAAGCUAUCCGUCUCCGGUGGUACGGCGACACAGACGUGAAAACUAUCUUUGUAGAGCGCAAGACGCACAGAGAAGAUUGGACGGGUGAAAAGUCUGUCAAGGCGCGUUUCCCGAUCAAAGAACAUCUCGUGAACGCUUUUCUGCGUGGAGAAUACACCAUGGACGAGGAACUCCAGGCUCUAGUCGACAAAGGCAAGAAGACCCAAGCUGAAGUCGACUCCAUGAUCCAGCUUGCGAGUGAGGUUCAGUAUCGUAUUCUUACGAAGCAGCUGCUUCCAGUCAUGAGGACGUUUUAUAACCGGACUGCGUUCCAGCUCCCAGGAGAUCCCCGUGUACGGAUAUCGCUUGAUACAGAACUCACCAUGGUUCGCGAAGACAACUGGGACGGACAGACGCGUACUGGCAAUAACUGGCGGCGAAGUGACAUUGGCAUUGAUCAUCCUUUUGAUCAGGUGCCAGCGGAGGAUAAGGAGCUUUUCAAGUAUGGCGUUCUAGAAGUCAAACUUCAGACUCAGUUCGGACAAGAGCCUCCAAAGUGGGUCACGGAUCUCGUCCAGUCCCAUCUCGUCGAAGCUGUUCCCAAGUUCAGUAAAUUCAUCCACGGCUGCGCUACCCUACUGCCUAAUCGUGUAGAUCUCGUGCCAUUCUGGCUGCCCCAAAUGGACACGGAUAUCCUCAAGCCCAAUACGGGUUACCUCACAGUUGAGCGCCCUACAAAGAACACCCCUGAUCUGCAGUCUGGGAUCCUCUCGCCCAUCGAGCCCGAGCACUCCUAUGUUGAGCCCGUCUCGGAGGGCGAAGAAGAUGAAGAGAUGGACUUGACACCUGCUAGAGAUGAAGACCGGCGCACGGGGUUGCCGCAUGAGGACGUUGCGGCUGCUAUCGCAUUCCGUGAAAAGUCCCUGAAGGAACGCGAUCCGGCGUCUCAGUCCAGCACUGGUGGCAGCGUUCCCGAUGAGGUUUACGAUGAGCGUACACCAUUGUUGAAGAUGCCACGACCGCCGAUGGUGGAGAGGACCGUUUCGAUCGACCCGCUUGCUCCGUCUUCUGCAUUUGAUGAGCGUCUGCGCGAGCGUUUGCAGGCGAAUAAAAAUUUGCCGCCGCGUGCUCAAGACGGUGAGGUGCGGGAAGCCGCAGGUCUAGAUGAGGAGAACCUGCGGGAGGAAGAGCGUUUACUGGUGAGAGACUGGACUGCACCAUCUGGCAAGCGGAUCGCGGUUCCUGUUCGUAUCGAGCCCAAGGUGUAUUUUGCAAACGAGCGGACGUUCUUGAAAUGGCUGAGCUUUGCAGUGCUCAUCGGAUCUAUCGCAACGACGUUGUUAAACUUUGUGCCUGCGGAUGAUCCGCGGGGCCUGAUCAGCGCUGCGCUAUUCACGCUAGCUGCGCUGCUCGCCAUCGCCUACUCAGCUAUCAUCUUCGUGUAUCGGGCACUCCGUCUGCGUGCGCGAUCGGCGGAAGGGCUUUAUUAUGACAAGUACGGCCCCACCAUCCUUUGCUUUGUGCUAUUGGCUGCACUGGGGACUAACAUUGGGUUGAGGGUGGCGGAUAUGUGAUGACGUGGGGAUGCGUUGUAUUUUUGAGCCUUGGACAUAGCGUUGACAGCUGACAGCUGAUAGCCGAUGUCUUGGAGAGAAAUUAUUUUAUUUCUUUUUCAAGGUGACUACAAAGAGACUAGCCGAUCAUUGCAAUUCAUUUUCUUUUUGUCGGGGGUUCA